AUGAGUCCCAAAGACGGAGCAAUUUGGAAGGCUCAACAAAGUGUUUUGGCACUUUUGAAGCAGUGUUCCAGCAUGAAGCACUUGAAGGAGAUGCAGGGUCGUGUAGUCCAGGGUGGGUUCGAUAAGACCCCGCUUGUGGUGGGAAAGAUCAUUGAGUUUUGUGCGGUUUCGGGUCACGGAGAUAUGAAUUACGCUGUCAGGGUUUUUGACAGAAUCGAGAAACCCGAUACGUUUAUGUGGAACACUAUGAUCAGGGGCUUUGGGAUGGCUCGCCAACCAGAGAAGGCCAUCGACUUGUUCAGGAGAAUGCAGCAGGGAAAAUGUGAUGUGGCAGUAGCUGACACUUUCACAUUCUCUUUCAUUCUUAAAAUCAUUGGUGGAUUGAGUUCAGUUACAUUGGGAAAGCAACUGCAUUGCAGCAUCCUUAAACUUGGACUCCAAACUCAUACUUACGUCAGGAAUUCUCUAAUGCACAUGUACGGUAUGGUGAAGGACAUAGAAACCGCACACAACCUGUUCGAGGAAAUUCCUAAUGCAGAUUUAGUGGCUUGGAACUCUAUCAUAGACUGUCACGUGCAUUGUCGGCAUUAUAAGCAAGCUCUCCAUCUGUUUGCCAGAAUGCUGCGAAGUGGCCUGCAACCCGACCACGCCACUCUGGUAGUGAUCCUCUCAGCGUGUGGUGCAAUAGGAGCCCUCGAUUUUGGGAGGCGAAUUCAUUCUUCUCUCGUACAACAACAUACUAAGCUUGGUGAUAAUACAUCGAUCUCCAAUUCCCUCAUACACAUGUAUGCAAAGUGUGGAGCAGUGGGAGAAGCUUACCACGUAUUUAGCAGCAUGAAAGGGAAGAACGUGAUUUCAUGGAAUGUCAUGAUUCUCGGUCUUGCGUCCCAUGGUAAUGGAGAGGAGGCGUUAGCCCUUUUCGCAAAGAUGGUACAGCAGAAUGUGGAGAGGCCGAAUGAUGUUACAUUCUUGGGGGUGCUGAGUGCUUGUAGCCAUGGAGGAUUGGUCAAUGAAGGUAUUCAGUAUAUAGAUAUUAUGGGCAAAGACUAUAGCAUCCAACCCACAAUAAAGCACUAUGGGUGCUUAGUGGACCUUUUGGGUCGAGCUGGUUUAGUUGAGGAUGCAUGCAAUUUGAUAAAGAACAUGCCAGUGGAGUGCAAUGCAAUUGUGUGGAGGACUUUGUUAGCUGCCUGUCGACUUCAUGGACACGUUCAACUUGGUGAGAUGAUAAGGAAACGUCUGUUGGAAUUAGAACCUGACCAUAGCAGUGAUUAUGUUCUUCUUGCAAACAUGUAUGCUAGUACUGGUCAAUGGAGUGAAAUGACCAAAGAAAGAGGAUUAAUGCAGCAAAGGCGAGUUCGGAAACCAGAUCCUGGAAAUAGCUUCAUCGGCAUUCCUGGAUCGGCGCUGGAAAAAGAGACUAUUGAAACAUCGUUAUAA